UGUUUGUGUGGGUUUGCUAAUCGACUGCCCAAAUUUUCAAACACUGCUCAUGUAUCUACUUCCUCAACAGUCACUUUUUUGUGUCCACCACCCUGAACCUGAUGACAGCAUUGAAAAUGGACUGGAAUUUUGCAGUGUGCUUUUUCCUGAUUUCUGUACCUCAGUCAGUGGUGACUUUCAACAUUGAUCCAAAUUCAUGGAAAGCGUUCACCCAAAUCGAAAACACAGCCUUCGGCUACAAAGUGAUAAGCCAGAAAACCUCGAGUUUGAUUGUGAGUGAUCCCUUAAUCCAAAGUAGGAAUGAAAGAGGCAAGGUGUACAGCUGUGCAGUUGCGCAAGAAAAAUGCUCACCAGUACCAAUAAAUGUGCCCUCUGAGGCUGUCAACAUGUCCCUUGGAUUUUCAAUGACUAAAGAUCCCCAGUCUUCAAAGUUAGUGGUCUGUGGCCCAACCAUUCCCAAGAACUGUAAGCAUUUUACUGCAUACAAUGGCAUGUGUUUUAUAUUGGAUUCCAACAAUAAUCCAUCAGCACCUAUACCAAGUACUUUGAGAGAUUGCCCACCUCCAUCGCAAACAGACAUUGCUUUCUUGUUGGAUGGCUCUGGCAGUGUAAGCACUGGGGAUUUUACUAUAAUGAAGAAUUUUGUUAUAAGCAUGGUUAACGGAUUAAAAGACAGGGAUUUUCAGUUUGCAGUUGCACAAUAUUCUUCUAAGUGUGAAAUACACAUAAAAUUCAACAGCUUUUCAAGCACUGAUCAAAUACAUUGGAUCAAUCAAUUUAGGGGUGUUACCAAUACUGCCAAAGCUAUCAAAAAAGUUGUGUCUGAAUUAUUUACCCGUCAGGCAGGGGCCAGAGAAAAUGCUAACAGAGUGUUGGUGGUCAUCACUGAUGGUGAAUCACAUGACCGGAGUGAACUGGGAACUGCUGCUUGGGAAGCAGAGCAGAAGAAAAUUACUCGCUAUGCUAUCGGGGUCGGUAGUGCCUUUAACAGCCCAUCAGCAGAGAAUGAGUUGAGAACUAUUGCAUCGGAUCCAGAUAAUAAACACAUAUUUAAAGUGAAUGACUUUUCUGUACUGAAGGAAAUUCAAGACACACUGGAAGAGAAUAUCAUUGCAAUUGAGGGAACCCAGACUUCAGGAGAAUCCACAAGGAUGGAAUUUGCACAGGAUGGCUUCAGUGCAGACUUUGUUUCAUAUGAUAACAUAAUAAUGAGUGCAGUUGGAGCGUUUCAGUGGAAAGGUGGUUAUCAGAGGUACAAUUACCGUGGAACACCUUUAGACUCCUUUCAGAAGGGCGACAGUAAUGACAGUUAUUUAGGUUAUUCCAUGACAGUAGCAAAAACAUCCAGGGAGCUCUACUACAUCAUUCAGGGAGCUCCAAGAGAUAAGCAUAUGGGGAAAGUGACCAUAUCAGGCAAUGGAGUCUUUCAGACACUGGAUUCUCCUGAGCCUCAGAUUGGUGCCUAUUAUGGUGCUGAGUUAUGUGUGGUGGACUUGGAUUUGAACAGCGUCGCAGACCUUCUACUUGUUUCUGCUCCACUGCAUAAUGAGGGGGAUCAGGAAGGAAAAGUCUUCAUCUACACCUUUACCACAUCCUUGUCCCAGCGACGUGUAAACCUGAAUGUAAAGCACAUUCAGUCAGUGAAAGGAAUCCCAGGACAAAGGGGGAGGUUUGGCCUGACGUUGGCCAGCCCUGCAGAUCUAAACAGGGACGGUCUGGUGGAUGUAGUGAUAGGAGCACCUCUAGAGGAGAAAGGAGAGGGCAGCAUCUAUAUCUUUAAUGGAAGAAAAGAAGACAUUACCCCCACCUUCUCACAGAGAAUCACAGGCUCUUCUGUACGCACUGGGCUGCAAUUUUUUGGUUUUUCUCUGAGUCAGUCUGCUCUGGACCAUAGUGGAGACCAGCUGCCAGAUCUUGCUGUUGGUUCCAAAGGAGCAGUCAUACUUUUAAGAUCUAGACCCAUUGUGAAACUGUGGAACAAAGUAACUUACAACCCAUCCAAAAUCCCCACCAGAGACACCGACUGCAGCAGUCCUUUGAAAAACACACUAAAAUUGUGUUUCACUAUAAUAGGAUCAAAUACUGGCAUGACAGACUUGACUGCAAAUGUAAACUAUACACUAACACUUGAUGCCAAACGACAAAGCUACCGAGCCUACUUUUCACCGAAAAACCGUGUUCGAUUUGGCAUGAUAUCUGUGUCGAUGCAGGAGAAGUGCAAUCAGCAUGAAUUUUUUAUAGAGUCCUGCCCCAAUGAUGCACUAAAUCCAUUAUCUAAUGAGUUAGUGUAUACGUUUGAGGGUCUUCCUAUUGUAAGACAGAACAAUCUACGGCCGAUGCUGCUUCCUACCACAAAGACCACCUUAGAUACCAAUCUGGAUUUUGAAAUAAACUGUGGAAUCGAUAACAUCUGCAUUGAUAAUCUCAAGGUGGAUUUUAACUUUUCUGGAUACUCAGUCAUACAAGUUGGAAUAAUGCAGGAUAUGAAUGUAACUGUCUUUGUAGAGAACAGAGGGGAAAAUUCCUACAACAGUCGAGUAAUUCUCAAAUACCCAUUUGGACUUUCCUUCAGGAGAGUCACCACUAAACAGGGCAGACUGGAGUGUGUAUCUUUGGACAGUGAUGAAAAAGCUGCGCUGGGGGAGACUACAUGUUUCAUCAGUAAACCCAUCUUCAAGAAUAAUGGUUUGGCUACCUUUGAUGUUACAUAUAGCAUAAACAAAGAAAGUAACUUUGACAGGACGGUGACGUUCACUGCAAAUGCUUUCAGUGACAAUGACAGACAUUCACCUGACAAUGAACUAUUCAGAAGGAAAACCAUUGAUGUUAAAUAUGCCAUCUACAUUGCAUUGAUCAGGCAUGAGAAUUCCACUAUCCACAUUAACUUUACUGCAGGGAAAAAUGACCUUGAGAAACCAGUCCACCAAAUAUUCAAGGUGGAGAAUGACCUCAGGGAUUUGAACGUCAACAUUUUCAUCAGAGUACCCAUAAAAUUAGGAGUUAAGGACAUCUGGACUAAUAACAACUUGCAGAUUCAAGGCUGCAAUGCAGAGAGAGUUGAGCAGCCUACAAUCCCAGAUUUUGUGGCAGCACUGCAAAAACAGCCUGAGGUGAAUUGCUCCGUAGCUGUAUGCAGAGUGUUUAAAUGUGCUGCAAAUCUCAUUAGAAAGCAAAUGAAAUUCUACGUCAUCUCUGGUAAUGUCAGCUCUGGAUGGAUUGAACAGACUGGACUGCGUUCAGCAGUUUUCGAGCUGGUCAGUACAGCAACACUGGACUAUAACAAAACAGCAUAUAUCUUCUUCUCCUUUGAUUCUAUAAACACUGCACCUGUUGGCAAGAUUAAUACCCAGGUAGAGGUGUAUGAGGAGAAAUUACCCCUUAAGGAGACAAUUGGAGGUGUUGUAGGAGGGCUUGUGCUUUUGGCUCUUAUCACUGCUGGCCUCUACAAGGCUGGGUUCUUCAAAAGCAACUAUAAGAAGAUGUUGGAGGAAGCAGGAGCAGGGGCUGAGGGACCCAGAGGAGACGCAGAGGCACUAAGUCAAGAAUGAUCACUCUGCUCUACAUUUCCCGUUACGCUUAAUCUUAUUUGUAGUAUAAGGUGUCCUUAAUCCUAAGGAAAAUUUCAGGAGAGUAUACAGUGCUCUUCUGAUUAAUUAUAAAACCUAAUUUCAACUUGUAUAUGGGGAAAAUGCAUUAGCAACCAUUUUGCCUUUUGCUAGUCAGUUGGAAUUUCUCAGAGAAAAAGAAAACUUGCUUAGAACUUACAGCAUUAACUUUCUCUUAUAGCUGCUGCAGCUUAUAGUAAUGUUUAGGCAAGCUUACAAUCAAGUAUGAAGGUUGGCAUGCUGUAUUUACCAACAUGCAUAUUUGAUUUCAUUUAAAAUUUUAUGUUACAUGCACACAGACGUCACCCUUUAAAUUGCAGAUACAGAAGUGUAGAACAUGUCAAAGAGGCACAUCUGUACUUUGGUUAUUGAAAUGUGUUCAAACAUUGACUGGUGAUUUGAGAUCACAUUUUACUAACUGAAACUCCUAGUUGCCCAAAAACCUAUUUUGGCACAUUUUGAUGUCUUUGUAAUAAUGCUGGAUUAUUUCUUAAGAUAACUAAUGGCAUAUAACUUUGUUGUAUUGCUCAGACAUACAAAAAAAUACAGCCUAAUAUGUAAUGAUGGAAAUACAAAAUAAAUAUUUUAUUUGAAUGGAUAA